UCUCUCUUACGUGGAAGUUUGUUCUUCCACUUCUGGUUUUCGGCUUCAUCAAGACGACUUCAAAUCUCUGUGUCAGGCUGUCAGCUGCUGAACUGUCUCUCGAGGCUCGACCAAAAUGGGACAAGUUCUGGGAGCCAUUCAAGAAAAAUUUCAAGGUAAGCAGUGGAGGGAGAGGCAAAUUAAGAAGAUAACAGAUAGGGUUUUUGAGCGUUUCAAAGAUUCCUAUGGAAAGGUUAAUUUGACAUUUGAAGAUCUAUAUAUUGCCAUCCUACUUGUGUACAAUGAUAUUAACAAGCAUCUGCCUGGGCCCCAUAUUGAUCCCCCUUCUAAAAUGCAAAUCAAAGCCAUGAUGGAGACAUAUGAUCUCAACCUUGAUGGAGAACUGAACCAGAAAGAAUUUGAAGAGUUUAUUAAGAAGUUGACAGCAGACACACUGACAGUGAUCAGUCAGAGUUUGAUCAUUGCCAUGCUUGUUGCUCCUACGGUAGCAUUAUUGACAAAGAGGGCAACUGAGGGAGUCCCAGGAAUGGGGAAGGUAGUGCAGAAGCUACCAAAUGCAGUUUAUGCAUCUGUUGUGACUCUCGCAAUUGUCAUGUUCCAAAAAUCAGGCAAGGAAAUCGAAUAGACCCAUUAUUGCUUCAUUUCUUACCCUGGUUACAUGCGUGAUUUAGCUUCUUUUAUAGUAUAAUGUUCACUAUUUUAUUGUAAAGAAAUUGUGUGUACUAUCUUCACCGGUUUAUUGUAAAGAUUUGUUUUUGGGAGUGGAGAAAUACUUCAUAUAAUUAUCAGCUUUAAGAUCCAAUAAAGAUA